AUGUGAUUGACAUCUGCUGGGUGUCCACGCUGUUUCUCCUUCAAAACUCCAUCUGUAUUAGGAGGGGCUUCACAGUAUAGCAGUCCAGCUUACAGUUACCACAACCCAGCACCAUGUCAAUCAUCCUAGCCCUUCUCGUCUGCCUGCCCAUGGUCUUUGGCCAGGACAUCAACCAGGUGGCCGACGCCUCCUUCAGAAGUAUGGACGGCAACCAUGACGGUCACAUCGUUAGAUCAGAAGUCAACACCUACUUUGAUGGCUACGACCAAAACAACGACGGUCAUGUGACCAGAGGUGAAUACACCCACCAUGUUGACCAACUGUACCAUGACCCCACCGUCAACAGAGUCCUCCACGGCAUCUUCAACGGUCUAGACAGCGACAGCGACGGUGUCCUUGACAACGACGACUACACCGCUCUCUUCAGCAGCGCCGACUCCAACAACAACAACCAAGUCACACACCAAGAAUAUGUCAACUACUUCCACACCCUCGUCAACUAGAAAGGCCUCAACAAAAUAUUUUGGUAUCAUAUUAUUUUACGAUGUAUCAAAAAUAAAAAUAAAAGAAAC